CCCAACACCCAUCCCAAUUAUAUAAUACAAUAUAUAAAUAUAAAUACAAAUGUUAAUCAAUCUCAUUCAAUCUUAUCCUAUCUUUGAUAUAUAAAUAUACAUACAUACAAACAUAUAGAUAUAGAAGAUACAUAUAUCGCCAUGGCUGAUGAAGAAGAAGCUCCUCCUCCUGUAGAUCAAAUCAAACUAAUUCAUAAACUUAACCUUUUCAAAAUCAAAGGCAGAGACAAACGUGGUCGCAAGAUCUUACGUAUCAUCGGAAAACACUUUCCAGCCAAGGAUUUAACAGUUGACUUAUUGAAAAAGUAUUUAGAAGUGAAAAUAUUCCCUAAACUAGAAAGGCCUUUUGUGAUCGUUUAUAUUCACACCGACGUCAAUAAGAGCGAUAAUUUCCCCGGAAUCUCAGCUCUCCGGUCCGUUUACGAUGCUAUUCCGAUUACCGUCAAACAGUUUCUAGAGACGGUUUAUUUCGUUCACCCUGAUCUGCAGUCUAGACUCUUUCUAGCCACAUUCGGCCGUUUCAUCUUUACUGGCGGGUUAUAUGCGAAGUUAAAGUAUGUGAGCCGAUUAGCGUAUUUAUGGGAACAUGUUAGAAGGAAUGCAAUAGAGAUUCCGGAAUUCGUUUAUGACCACGACGAGGAUUUGGAGUAUCGUCCGAUGAUGGAUUAUGGUAUAGAAAGUGAUCAUCCUAGAGUUUAUGAUGCGCCCGUGGUUGAUUCCUCUGUGGCGAUGUAUUCCACAAGGUGUAUUUCCUAGUACUCAUCAAAUGUGAUGAAGAUACAUUGUGUGUUGUGUUUCUAGUAAUCAAAAAAGUGUGUUGCUAGUAAUCCAAAGUGCAAGCUCUCCUUAAUUAGUUUUUGCUUGCUAAGUGUUGUAAAUUGAGAUGAAAGUAAUCGAAGAUUGAGUGACAUCUUAAUAAGUGGAAAUUUUCACUUAUGAAUGUUAUAUGUAUAUAUUUAUGGGUGUUAAUUUAUAUUGUGAUUAUAUUGCUUA